AUGGCUCGAAUGAUUGAAGACAUGCCACGGAUAUGGAGGGUAUACAACAGAGUUAGGAGUAUUGCUCUUUCCAGGGAUAAGUUUCAAUUCAUCUUCCAACGUGAGGAGGAUCUCCAAACUGUUCUUCACGAUCGUCCAUGGUCUUACAACCAAUGGACCAUGAUUCUUGAACGCUGGUCCCCAAAUCUGUCACCUAAUUUUCUAUCUUCCUUUGAAGUAUGGGUCAGAAUAAGGAACAUUCCUGGUCAACAUUACACAAUUGAAACGAUGGAUCGUUUGGCAUCAGCCAUUGGUGAAGUCAAAGAAAUUGUGUAUGACCCUAAGAUCUCCCAGCCUAAAGAUUACAUUCGGGCUCGGGUCUUGUUUCACAUCGACAGCCCUGCGAGGAACUCUAAGAAUUUGAAUAUUUCUUUAGGCGAAACAGUGGUGAUCACAUAUGAAUAUGAGAAAUCAGGAAGAGAUGUUUCCACUGUCUCGUCUCACACACGAGAAACUGACUUGUUCGUUGCUUAA